GGGACGUUUCAAACGGGUGACGGUAGAACGACGUAGAGACAGACUGGCGAGCAGGGAGAGAGAGAGCGAGCGAGAGGAGGCGGGGCCUAUCUGAUCUGUGCUUCCUGAGUCUCCGCCCUCCCCAGAAGCUCAGAGAGCAGGCUCCCAGCAGGAUGUCCCGGCUAGUCUGAGUCCUGUGGACCGGUUCAGCGCCGUGACGACCCCCCCAAGCCUGCAGACCUCACCAUCAGUGACUAAUAUGAGGAGGUGUGAGACCUGGCUGGACCCUGGGUCUCUGUUGUGCUUAGCCCAGUGAGACCAGCAUGCCAGUCCAGCGGUGACCUUCCCAGACCAGACCAGACCCUGCGUCCAAACCUCACCGCUGGUGGUCCCGCCUCCCCCCGGGCCUCGCCCAACACGUUGCCUCUCCCUCCCCCCCCACCCCACCCCACCCCUCCCGACGCCAUGGACCUCAAGUUCCUGGACAGAAGUCACCGUGGAGACGGCGUGGAUGCCGACCCAGCCCGCGCCCCUCUCCUGGGCGCCAGCCGCGCCCGCCCGCCCCGCCCUCAUGUCCGCAGGAAGCUGCGUCCCGGACGUCUGGCGGGCUUCGUGGUCAGCCUGGUGGCGGUGUGCGCCGUCUUCUCUUGGAGUGCCUUGGCGUUGACCGCGCCGUCGCCUCCGGAGGCGGGGCCGGCGCCGGGCGAGGGCCCGGCGGGCGACCCGGUGCCCCGACGGACUCUCCUCCAGCACGGGAACCUCUCGGCCGGCCCGGCCCGGCCGCCCGUGGCCAUGGCCUCCUCCAUGGAGGAGGAGGCGAGCCACGGGGACUACCCCACGGACUACUUCAGCCUGGAGGAGCGGCGGCAGGGGUACGUGUCGCUGCACAUGUUCGGCAUGCUCUACAUGUUCAUCGCCCUGGCCAUCGUCUGCGACGAGUUCUUCGUGCCGGCGCUCACGGUCAUCACGGAGAAGCUGGCCAUCUCCGACGACGUCGCCGGCGCCACCUUCAUGGCGGCCGGCGGCUCGGCCCCGGAGCUCUUCACCUCCGUCAUCGGGGUCUUCGUCUCCCACAGCAACGUGGGCAUCGGCACCAUCGUGGGCUCGGCCGUGUUCAACAUCCUGUUUGUGAUCGGGAUGUGCGCCCUGUUCUCCAAGGAGGUGCUGAACCUGACGUGGUGGCCCCUCUUCCGGGACGUGUCCUUUUACAUCGUCGGCUUGCUCAUGCUCAUCUAUUUCUUCCUGGAUAACGAGAUCUCGGUGGGCGAGAGCAUCGGCCUGCUCUCCUGCUACAUCUGCUACGUGACCUUCAUGAAGUUCAACUCCAGCGUGGAGCAGUUUAUCAAGGGCAAGCUGGGCAGCAACCAGGUGGAGGAGGUGGAGGCGCCCAAGGUAAAUAGAGCAAUGAGUGACGAGAGCAAACUCAUGGCUAAGCCCAGGCUGCAGCGCGAGGGCAGCUGUGCGUCGCUGCACAACACUCUGAUGAGGAACAGCAUCUUCCAGCUCAUGAUCCACACUCUAGACCCCCUCAGCGGAGACGGACAAUUCAAAGAGAAGGCGUCUAUCCUCAACAAGAUGGCGAAGCAGCCUUGUAAAGAAGACACAGCCAACGGUGGGGUCUCGGCUGCUCGCCCCCUGGUGGAUGAUAAGAACAUCCCCAACAGCUCCAACGUGGCGGUGGAGGUCACGCCGCCCAACGGCAGCACCGGAGAGGAGGGAGGUGAUGAGGAGGACGAGGACGAGGACGAGGACCAGCCUCUCAGCCUGGCGUGGCCGGAGACCAACAGGAAGCGCAUCACCUACCUGGUGAUCCUCCCCAUCGUGCUGCCGCUGUGGCUCACCCUGCCCGACGUCCGGAGAGAGACGUCAGCCCGGUUCUUCCCGGUCACCUUCGUCGGAGCGAUCUGCUGGAUCGCCGCCUUCUCCUACCUGAUGGUCUGGUGGGCUCACCAGGUGGGCGAGACGUUCUUCAUCACGGAGGAGAUCAUGGGUCUCACCAUCCUAGCGGCUGGCACCUCCAUCCCGGACCUCAUCACCAGCGUCAUCGUAGCCCGCAAGGGUCUGGGGGACAUGGCCGUGUCCAGCUCUGUUGGGUCCAACAUCUUCGACAUCACUGUGGGACUUCCGUUCCCCUGGCUGAUCUACAACAUCCUGAACGACUUCAAGACGGUGCAGGUGAGCUCCAACGGCCUGUUCUGUGCCAUCGUGCUGCUCUUCAUCAUGCUCCUCUUCGUCAUCAUCUCCAUCGCCUCCUGCAAUUGGCGCAUGAGCAAGCUGCUGGGCUUAUUCAUGUUCCUGCUGUACUUCGUCUUCCUCGUGGUCAGUGUCAUGCUGGAGGACAAGAUCAUCGUUUGCCCCGUCACCGUCUGAGAGAGAGAGACCCCCGCCACAGAGAAGAGAGAGACCCCCUUCACCAUCUGAGAGAGAGAGACCCCCGCCACAGAGAAGAGAGAGUGAGAUCCCUGCAACACAGAGAAAGAAGGGAGAGAGGGAUAGAGACACCAUCAACAGAGAGAGAGAGAGAGAGGGAGAGAGAGAGAGAGAGAGGGAGAGAGAGAGGGAGAGAGAGGGAGACCGCCACCACCAGAGAGAGAGAGACACACAUACACACACUCAUUCACUCCCUCGCUCACUCACUCACUCAUACACACAACACAUACACACACCGGAUACCUAUACAUGUACACACAUAGAUACAGCCUUAGUCUCACACACACAUACACAAAAGCCAUGUAUCAAACAGUGGCGCAGACGGACCUGUCAAUCAGGAUGAGUCCAGCCAAUGGAAGGUCCUCUCUCUCUGUCGGGGGUGGGACAACACUCUGAAGAGACUCCCCGACAUUCCUGGAGGGUCCGGGGGCAUAGUGACGGAGGAAGAGGAGGGGAGACCCAGGACCUUCCUCAUGUUUCACCCUCUCCUCGUUUCACCCCCUGCGUUGAAACCGUUUCUAUCUAUGAUUUAUAUAAUAGAUAUUAUACUGCCAUUUAUACAUCCUACACGCAUUUCCCCCAAUGCACACGAUCUGUUCCUUCCUGCUUGUUUUUUGUAGCGCGAGACUUGACUAUCACACAUCACAGUCUUCUAACAACAAUUCAUGUUACCAGUUACCGUGUCAUCAGAUUUUUAGAACUGGCGAAGAGAACGUGCUGAGGGGGGUUCUCUGGAGAAGCGUUGUUAUCGAGACAACAUAAUCGGUUUUAUACACCUUGUCAUACAUCUUAAUAAGGGAUUUGUUUUAUCGUCAUUCACAGUGACAUGACCCCAGCAGGAAAGUCUACAGAAGUUAGAAAAGUAGGAACGCACGCUUGUUAAACAAAUGUUUUCUUACCCAGAAAGAAUCCUUCACAGAAUCAGACCACAGCCCGCUGGUUGUUCAGGACUAGUGGAACUCUUUGAAAGUGUUCAGACUGUGGAUUUAUGAUGACAAUAUUUUAUUGCAACCACUGGAUGCAAAUGUCCAAGUAUUUCCAUCCCUUUGUUUGUUUUUGACGCAUAUACAAUGUCAAGCGAUAUGAAUGCAUUUCUAUCCUAACUUUAUAUACAUGUAUAAAAUCAACAGUAAGUAGCAUAUAUUUUUCUUGGACUAUAUUGUAUAUUGUCUUGGACCUUUCAUGCUCAGGUAAUCGUAUGUUUAUGUGUCCCACCUGCUUCUCCGUCCUUGGCAGGCCGUCUGGGCUGCUGUAGGCCUAUGGGGAGUGUUUAUAAUGUUCCACUAGGUUCAUUUACUGUUUCCAUGUGUAUGUGUGCUGCACCCGUAUUUUAUGCUCAACACACCGUUACUGUAUGCUCAACACACCGUUACUGAAUACCUUUUACUGCAUGAUUGACACAAGAUGGCGUUCUAUUGUGUUCUAUUGUGACAUAAUCCUACCCUACCGCUAGUCUGACCUGGCAUCCGACAGAAGCGUAGAGUAAAGAAUUAGCAUCCAACAGAAAAGUAGAGUUCAGAGCUAGCAUCCAUCAGCACAGUAAAGUACAGUACUGGAAUCACGGGUCUCAUUUUAAAGUGAGCUCCCAUUCGGAUUGAUUCUGGUGAAUCUGGUGUAAAGGUUGAAUGGUGAACGAAUGACCUACGCUGAAGUAGGUUUUGGGACCUGGCGAACUCUUUCAUUUACUCUUUUAUUGUUUUAUUGUGGCAAGAAACAGGGAAUUGUAAAAAAAAUAUAGUAAAAAAAUAUAGUAAUAUAACAAAGCACACAUAAUUUAACCACAAUUCAUACUGAACAUCCCAAUAGGUAAUCAAUAGUUUUUCGAUCACUUCCACCAGGUGCAAAGGGGUGUUUGAUAAUGCUUAUUUAUUUGUGAGAAUGCAUCACUCAAUAGUGAUUUGUUUCCUACUUUCUAUGUAAAAUAAAAACCUAAUAAAGUCCCAUUGGGAGAGAGUCAGAUGAUGUAAAUAUAA